AGCACAGCACCCCCUGUUAGUCCUCAAACCUUUUUGCACCUUGCAUUGAAAAGCUGUGGUUUCCUUUCUCUCCCCCCACCCUGAUCAGCAAGUACCACAGCUCCCAGCGUCAUCCGAGGAGCCGCUACAAGAGGCAGGGCCGGGACAGACGCUGUCCAGAGGUACCAAGCACAUCUCCAUGCGCCGAUGUUGCACUGAUCCUCGCCGCUCUGGUCCGGAUCCCGGGCUGACUGUUCAAACUCCUCCCGAGAUCGCACGAAGCCUUGGUGUCCCCGACCCCGUGGAGACGGGGCAGGAUUUAAGGCGGGGGUUGAGUGCUCUGGGAGCGGCUCCGUGCGAUCGGUUGUCUGGGCGCCGGCUCGCCCCAUCCAGGAUGUCGCGGCUGGAAGGUGCCUGAAACCGGAAUUAUUCGGUGCGUCUACAAAGGGGGGUGGGGGCUGCAGGGAGAGCGGCCGGAGCCCAGGACACCCCCCAGUUGUUGUCAGAUUAAUCCGGACACCGCUGGGUGCGGGGGAGCGGAGCGCAGAGUGAGCAAGAGGUCCGGCGGCACGGUCCGAUCCCACCGCACGGCCCCGGAGCACAGAUGCAUUUUCGACUCUUUUCUCUGGCCCUGCUUCUUGUGAACUGCAUGGAUUAUGGGCACGGCCUAAGGCAGCGAGGCAAGCGGAGCAGGAGAGCAAACGCAGGACUGUACCCAAUCUGUAAGGGCUGUCUCCUUUGUUCGAAGGAUAAUGGAUGCCUUAGCUGCCAGCAGAAGCUGUUCUUUUACCUCCGACGACAGGGAAUGCGUCAGUUUGGUGAAUGCCUCCACUCCUGCCCCUCGGGGUACUAUGGUCUGCGGGCGCCUGAGAUGAACAGAUGUGCAAGAUGCAAAAUAGAUAAUUGUGACACAUGUUUCAGCAAAGACUUUUGUACAAAGUGCAAAGCUGGUUCAUACUUGCACAAGGGGCGUUGCUUUGAAGAAUGCCCUGAAGCAUAUGUACCAUUGCAAGAGCACAUGGAAUGUGUGGAGGGCUGUGAGGUUGGACCGUGGAGCAACUGGGGAACUUGUAUAAAGAAUGACAAAACAUGCGGCUACAAGUGGGGGCUGGAAACCAGGAGACGGCAGAUCGUGAAGAAGCCAGCAAGGGACACCAUUCCCUGUCCAACCAUCGCAGAAUCCAGGAGAUGUAAAAUGGAAAAGCGGCACUGUCCAGGAGAGAAAAAGCAAAGAGCAAAAGUGAAGGGAGCAGACAAGAAGAAGAAGAAGAGAGCUCGUGCUAAGGAACGCAAGCAAUUUGUGGCGCUGCAAACCACAGGGAGCACUGACCUAUAAAAAAGACAAGCCAUUUAAUCUACAACAUACAUCAAGCUGCUCGUCCUUCCUACACUCCUGCAGUUGUGCUGCUUUUGACGAUAUUAGUGGCAGAAAUGAAAGAAAGAGGAAAAGUCCAUCAAAAAUUUUAUUUAUACAUCAGGCGUUUGCUGUUCCCUGUUUGACCUGUAAAGAACAAGCUUGGUGUGGCAAAGACUCUUACAAAAGCCACUGAAAGUUUGCAUUAAGAUAAUUUAAAACAUGCAAGGUUAGCCCCUGCUUGUAGAGUUGCCCAGAGUUGGAGAACAAGAUGUGUCUAUUUAAAUGCAGGAAGACUUUUGAACACAGGACAAGGACUGUUCAUUACAUGGAGUCUGCAUUUUCCGUUUGUCCUACAUCCCAGGAAGACCCCAUAUGUGUACAAGCACUGCCAAGCUGCAAUGUUAUGCAGGGUUUGCCACAGGUCCUAGGGACAUCACCUACAUAAAACGCUUUAAAGGCUAUAACUGUAUAAUCAAAGCAAUGACUGUCUCCUUGUUGCUUGACUGGUGUGUACACAGUGCUGAGUCUAUCCAUAAUAAACUUAUUCACUGUGUUUAUAUGUAUGUAUAUAUAUAUAUAUAUAUAUAUAUAGAUAGAUGGCUAUGUAUUUGUAUGUGUGUGUAUGUGUAUAUAUAUGUGUGUAAUUUUAUAUAUACACACACUUACACUUUAAUUGUUGGCCAUCUGCUUCAUAGUACCUGGUACUAUUUCUCUGAUAACUGUAUUUUGGGGUGUCCAGUGGUGUGUGUGGAGAGAUGUGUAUCUGUUGACAUCUAAUUCCUGCUCUAACCCCAAGAUGGUCUUUGGAUCUUCAGUAAACUGGUAAAUUAGUCUACUAUUGUCGCAUGUACUGAGGUAAAGGGAAGAACUUGUGUACCCUUCAUACAGAUCAAUUCAUUACAACAGUAAUGAGGUGGUACAAGAUAGAGCAUGAACAGAAUGCAGAAUAAAGUGUUACAGUUACAGACAAAUUGCAGUGCAGGUAGAAAAUAAAGCACCAGGUCAUGAUGAGGUAGACUAUGAGGUCAAAAGUCCAUCUUAAUGUACUAGGGGACUGAUGAAUAAUUUUAUAACAGCAGGAUAAAAUCUGUCCUUGAGCCUGGUGGUACAUGCUUUCAGGUUUAGUAUCCUCUGCUCAAUGAGAUGAGACAGAAGAGAGAAUAUCUGGGU